CUGGGGCGGACUCGCCUAGCGCCUUAGCCUACCCACAGGGAUUCCCUCUCCAGCCAAUCGCGUCUGAGCAACGGGACUGCCCCUACCAAAGAUGGCGAGGGAGGCCUCUGUGAGGGCAGACUGAUUUAACACCCGAACCCGCGGAGGACAGCGAAGACAGUUGGUAGCGGCGUGGUCCCGACCAUGGAGGAGGGCGGCAGCGGUGGCAGCGACAGCAGCACCAGCGGGAGUGGUGGGGCGCAGCAAAGGGAGCUGGAGCGCAUGGCUGAGGUCCUGGUCACCGGGGAGCAGCUACGGCUCAGGCUGCAUGAAGAAAAGGUUAUUAAAGAUAGGCGACAUCAUCUCAAAACCUACCCAAACUGUUUUGUUGCAAAAGAACUGAUUGACUGGCUGAUUGAGCACAAAGAGGCUUCUGACAGAGAGACAGCAAUUAAACUCAUGCAGAAGUUAGCAGACCGGGGCAUUAUUCAUCAUGUGUGUGAUGAGCAUAAGGAAUUCAAGGACGUCAAACUCUUCUACCGCUUUAGAAAGGAUGAUGGCACCUUUCCCUUGGACAACGAAGUGAAGGCCUUCAUGAGAGGACAGAGGCUGUAUGAAAAGCUGAUGAGCCCUGAAAACACACUCCUGCAGCCCAGGGAAGAGGAAGGGAUCAAGUAUGAGCGCACCUUCAUGGCAUCUGAAUUCCUGGAUUGGCUGGUUCAGGAAGGUGAGGCCACCACAAGGAAAGAGGCAGAGCAGCUUUGCCUCCGGCUUAUGGAGCAUGGCAUCAUACAGCACGUGUCCAACAAGCACCCAUUUGUGGACAGCAAUCUUCUCUACCAGUUCAGAAUGAACUUCCGUCGGAGGCGAAGACUGAUGGAGCUGCUCAAUGAAAAAUCCCCCUCCUCCCAGGAAACUCACGACAGUCCCUUCUGCCUGAGGAAGCAGAGCCAUGACAAUCGGAAAUCUACCAGCUUUAUGUCAGUCAGCCCCAGCAAGGAGAUCAAGAUCGUGUCUGCGGUGAGGAGGAGCAGCAUGAGUAGCUGUGGCAGCAGUGGCUACUUCAGCAGCAGCCCCACCCUCAGCAGCAGCCCCCCUGUGCUCUGCAACCCCAAGUCCGUGUUGAAGAGACCUGUUACGUCUGAGGAGCUCCUGACGCCGGGGGCUCCGUAUGCAAGGAAGACAUUCACGAUUGUUGGCGACGCUGUGGGCUGGGGCUUUGUGGUGCGAGGAAGUAAGCCAUGCCACAUCCAGGCUGUGGACCCCAGUGGCCCUGCAGCCGCGGCAGGAAUGAAGGUCUGUCAGUUCGUCGUCUCUGUAAAUGGGCUCAACGUGCUGCAUGUAGACUACCGGACCGUGAGCAAUCUGAUUCUGACGGGCCCACGGACAAUUGUCAUGGAAGUCAUGGAAGAGUUGGAGUGCUGAGCAGGUGGCCCUCCCAGCCCUUCGAGCGGCCUGUGGAUGAUGAAAGCCAGAACAACACAGAGCAAUGCAAUGACAAGACUUCCAUACAAAUGGAUGGCUUUGGACAUACCAAUCUUUUCUCCAAACACACACAUCUUAAUUCGAGUUUCAUACACUGUUUGAGUGUGGAAGAACCGGGUAAUACAUCUUUAAAAAAAAAAAAAAAAAGCUUAUGUCAGUGUAGAAAAAAUUUGUGAAACAGAAUUUUCUUACAUGGUAGAAUUGCCUUACUCAAUUUCUAUUUAUAGUUCUCAUCCAUUGUUUUUUAUCUUAGUUUGCAGAAAGUUGUUGAAUGCCAAAACAGCAUCAUGCUGAAAUCCCCUUGUUAGGGGUCAAUAGAAUAGUUUUUACAGUUUUGCAUUGAAGUCCCACCAAAAUUAGCACGUAACUGUUUGUUACAGGGGCUAGAUUUCACUGAGCUUCAAAUUAAAGCAAACAUCCAAUGGAAUAUUACUUGUUUAUUAGCAUUUUUAAGAAGGUUCUAAAGCAUUCAAGUGCUUAAAAGCCAUCAGAAAAUGACUUUUCUUAAUUCCUGCCUUUAGCAUCAACUUUUAACUUAACAUGUGUUUUCAAUUAUGGCAUUAGUUAAAACACAAAAAGUUGGUGACGAUAUGGGUGGGUCAACGGGGAGAUACUGCUUAAAAUUGUUUACUCUGUUUUCUCUUUCUGAGCCUGAAUCAUUUUGUUCUAUCCAUCAGCUACUGCAGCUUUCUAGAAUUAAUCCUGAAUAUGGUGAAUGUCAAAACAGAGACGUUUGUAUAGACACAUAUAAUUCAAAAUCAAGCCUCUGGCAAGA